CGCCCCUCCCCCUCCAUGUCCUCCUCUCCACCUUACUCCGCAACCCUCUGCCUAACAGCCUAUCCUGGACGAACACUGGGGGACACAAACGCAGAUGGUGAGAUCACAUCCAAGCCCCUGGUGCUGUUCCUGGGCCCCUGGAGUGUGGGCAAGUCCUCCAUGAUCAACUACCUCCUUGGUUUGCAGGACACCCCUUACCAGCUGUACACAGGCGCCGAGCCAACGACCUCCGAGUUCACCGUCAUCAUGCACGGCGAGAAGAUUCGCUCCGUGGAGGGCAUCGUCAUGGCGGCGGACAGCUCGCGCUCCUUCUCGCCCCUGGAGAAGUUUGGUCAGAACUUCCUGGAGAAGUUGAUUGGCAUCGAGAUGCCGCACAAGCUGCUGGAGAGGGUCACCUUCGUGGACACGCCCGGAAUCAUCGAGAACCGCAAGCAGCAGGAGAGAGGCUACCCCUUCAACGACGUGUGCCAGUGGUUCAUCGAUCGCGCCGACCUGAUCUUCGUGGUGUUCGACCCCACCAAGCUGGACGUGGGCCUGGAGCUGGAGAUGCUCUUCAGGCAGCUGAAGGGCCGCGAGUCCCAGAUCCGCAUCAUCCUCAACAAGGCCGACAACCUGGCGACCCAGGACCUGAUGAGGGUGUACGGUGCCCUCUUCUGGAGCCUGGCGCCCCUCAUCAACGUGACGGAGCCGCCCAGGGUCUACGUCAGCUCCUUCUGGCCCUACGACUACGCCGCCGAGACCAGCCGCGAGCUCUUCAAGCGCGAGGAGAUCUCCCUCCUGGAGGACCUCAACCAGGUGAUCGAGAACCGCCUGGAGAACAAGAUCGCCUUCAUCCGCCAGCACGGGAUCCGCGUGCGCAUCCACGGCCUGCUGGUGGACCGCUACGUCCAGACCUUCAAGGAGAAGAUGAGCUUCUUCAGCGACCCCGAGCUGGUCUUCAAGGAGAUCGUGGACGAGCCCGACAAGUUCUUCAUCUUCAAGUCCAUCCUGGCCAAGACCAACGUCAGCAAGUUCGACCUUCCCAACCGCGACGCCUACCGCGACUUCUUCGGCGUCAACCCGGUGACCAGCUUCAAGUCCCUGUCGGCCCAGUGCUCCUACAUGGGCGGGUGCCUGCUGGACAAGAUCGAGAGAGCCAUCACCAACGAACUGCCGGACCUGCUCAGCAGCAUCAACUCGGGCAAAAACCCCGGCCUCACCUCCUGCGAGGUCACCGGUUGUGGCGAAAAGCCUAAGAACCGCUACCGGAAAAACUGAGAUAAAAGAGAGAGAGAGAGAGAGAGAGAGAGAGAGAGAGAGAAGGAGGAGUGGGGGGUGGAAGGGGGUGUAAAGGAGAGGUGUAGAUGAGGGGAAUAAGAGAAGAGAGAGGGGGUUGCCGUCGUCCGACCCUGCUCUGGUCGGAGAGCCUGUGUUGUCGUUGGUGGGAGACGGAGGAGACGGAGUCGUUUUGUUGUUGCUGUUUGUUUGUUGUUUUUUCGGAGGAGAAUGAGGGGUGGUGUAUUUAGGGGGUUGAGGAAGGAGGGGAGACAGAUGGAGGGUCGGUGGGGGUGAGAACGGAUGACGAGGCAGCUGGGAGAUAUGUGCUGGAGAGACUAAACGAGCUAGGUACCUGAAAAAUGCCCUCCUCUCUCCCUUGCACAUCCACAGUGGACUGUCUGGGAUAUUUGGCGGGAAAAAACGUACAUGUGAACGAAAAAAAAAAAAGAACAAAAUAAGAAAAAGUUAAAAAUGUAUAAAAACGAAAAACCUGAGACUGAAAACAGUCGAUACCAGCUCCCUUGUAUGUGAAUAAAAUGUGAAAUUGGA